AUGUCACAAGCAGAGAAACACACCUCUCGUGCUAUCCGCAGUGCUAACAUGCUCAAAGUAGCUGAAACCAGGAGACAGUGCAUUAGAGAAAACACAAUGGAAGCUACCGGGACAAACCCAAUUCCCGAGAUACUGCAAGUCAGCCCACCUCCCCUUCCACCCUCCCCCGCGAUACUGCAAGUCAGUUCACCUCCCCUUCCACCCUCUCCCGAGAUACUGCAAGUCAACCCACCUCCCCUUCCACCCUCUCCCGAGAUACUGCAAGUCAGCCCGGCCCCUUCCAUCCUCUCCCGAGAUACUGCAAGUCAGUUCACCUCCCCUUUCACCCUCUCCCGAGAUACUGCAAGUCAGCCCACCCCCUUCCACCCUCUCCCGAGAUACUGCAAGUCAGCCCGGCUCCUUCCACACACCCCGCGAUACUACAAGUCAGUUCGCCUCCCCUUCCACCCUCUCCCGAGAUACUGCAAGUCAGCCCACCUCCUCGUCCACCCUCUCCCGAGAUACUGCAAGUCAGCCCGGCCCCUUCCACCCUCUCCGGAGAUACUGCAAAUUAGCCCAGCCCCUUCCAUCCUCUCCCGAGAUACUGCAAGUCAGCUCACCUCCCCUUCCAUCCUCUCCCGAGAUACUGCAAGUCAGCUCACCUCCCCUUCCAUCCUCUCCCGAGAUACUGCAAGUCAGCUCACCUCCCCUUCCAUCCUCUCCCGAGAUACUGCAAGCCGGAUUACACUUAUAGACCAAACUGGACUUUUAAUGCCAUAA